AAUGAAAAGUUCUAAAGGUGAAAUGGUUGAUACUAGAGAUUACCUUAUUAAAAAAGGUAUUCCUCAGCUUUUUGAGUGUUUAUUGACUGGACUAAUGUAUCAUCGUCCGAAUGAUCAUUUAGACUAUAUGCAACAGUGUAUUGAAAAAAUAAGAGCGAAUGGAAUGAACAGUGUACGAUGGGACCUAUUUCUUCAAUCGAAACCAGUUGAACAAUUAUCUUUACAUACGAAAGCAAAAGUUGAUAAAGACAGUUCACAAAAUGGUGCAACUUCUGAAAUCGAUUCACCUAGAUUAUGUAUUAAAGAGGACUCAGUGGUUAUAUGCAUAGUAGCUGGGCCAGGCAUAGACGGAUCCACAUUUUUAAAAGAAUUGAUCAUGCAUUAUCCUAAAUUUAUUUAUGUCAAUUUACCGGAUUUAUUGAAAACGCGUGCAAUAAAUGAACAGAACCAACAACAAUCUCGUUGGCAUGAAGCUAUACAAAAGCUUAAUAAUCGGGAAUUAUUACCAAAUGAUAUAGUUUUAGAAACGCUUUUAUUAAAAUUGAAUCAACAUAGUGACGUGGAUGGCUUCGUAAUCGAUGGUUAUCCGAAAACAGAAACACAAUAUUUAGAUCUUAAAAAGCAUGUUGGCAUGGAUAGAUUGAAGUGUGUAAUUCUACUUGAUAUCAGUGAAGAUUAUUCUAGACAACGUUUAAGUGAACGAAUAUCACAUAGAGAUGAAGUUGGUAAUAAUAAUGAAUCAGAUUCCAUUGACUGUUGUAUCAGUAUUUUCAAAAAUCAAACGUUACAAGUAUGCAAAAUUAUUGAUGAUGACGAGAAACUCAGAGUUAUUGAUGGAGAGUUAAAUAAUGAUGAGAUUUUAGAGGAUAUUUUGGAAUUGUUUGAUCAAAUGAUUUCUAAUAAAUUAGUUGGUGAUUUUUAUGAUUUACUAUAUACAGAGUCAGAAGUACAUCUUAUCUCAAAUGCUUCGCCUAAUAAUGUGCUUGCCCCAGUAAAUCGUAGAAUGAAGGGGUAUGAAAGCCGACCAAGUAUAAGUAGUAUUCCAAGAAUUGUGCCAGUAUUCCCUGAUAAUGGUCGAAUGCAUGGCAUUAAUAAUUGUCCAAUAAUUUUAUUAUUAGGUGGUCCAGGCUCUGGACGAACAGAACAAGCAUUGAGUUUAUGUAAAAAAUUUCCUGGUUUAGCAUAUUUCAAUGUUACGGACUUUUUGAGGAAAAAUGUUUUGGAUUUUAUCAAUGAAAAUGAUACUAAAGAUUGGGAUGUAAUAGCACGUCGAGUACAUUCUAGUGAUCCACCGUCGAGUAAAGAUAGACUCAUUCCAGAAUACUGGGACGUGCAAUCUGAAGUAAUCCGUCUAGAGUCCAGUAAUUUGGCCGAAAAUAAUAGAGCUGUUAUCAUUGAAGGAUUCCCAUGUCAUGAAGGUCAACUAAAUACAUUUAAUCAAUGUAUUGGUGGCGUAGAUUUAGUCAUUUUAUUAGACUGUGAAGAGACAACAUUAAUUGAUCGAUUACAUCAACGAUAUGAACGUUUAAAACGUGCUGAAGAUGAAGAUGCUAUUGUAUUACAACGUAUAUCAUUCUUUAAACAUUGUACAUUACCUGUUAUAAGAUAUUAUGAUGAACGAGGUAAAUUAGUAACAAUUCCUGGUGAUCAAGAACAAAGUCUUAUCUUCAAAAAUUUGGUUGCAUUAAUGGAAUUCUUUCUAAGCACAAAAGAAAAAUCAAACAAUGAAACAUCCGAUAAUAAAAUUGUAAAAACUGAAGAAAUUAUACCAGUCAUAUCAAAACUAAUAAAAAAUGAAAGUCGAAAACUUUUAACGAGUGUGACAAUAGAUGAUGAUCAAUCACUUGAAACUAGUUUUGAAGAUAGCGUAACAAAAGAUAAUGAUUCUUCUCCAUCAAGUCAAAUAAUAAUUACACCUGAAUGUAAACAGAAUUCAUUAGAUCAGAUUGAAUCGAAAUUGGAUAAUUUAGAAGGAAGUCCGGAGAAAACUGUAAACGAUUAUUUGGACAAAUAUAAAUUUGUUUUUGUUAUCGGUAGUUGUGAUGAGAUAAGACGAUUGUAUUGUAAACAUAUAUUAAAACAAUGUAAUUAUAACUAUAUUUCAAUGAAAAGUAUAACAGAUCCAGUGAAUUUCGAUGGAGAUAAUACUUUCAAUUUGGAUAAAUUAAUUCAAAUUAUUAUAGAGGAGAUGAGUAGAACACGUAAAGCAGGAUAUAUUAUAGAUGGUAUACCAAACAGUUUAGCUCAAGCGAAAGAAAUUGAAGCAUAUAGUGAUUCAUUGAAAUUUUCAAAUUGUAAACUGGUUGUUUUAUUAGAAGAUAAGUUCUCUGAACAUGACCAUUCCGGAGAUAAUUUACAAUGUCAUAAGAAUAAAGUUGAGGAAAGUUUAAUUGAAUUUCUAGAAUCUACAAAAAAAUUAUAUCGUAUACCUUGUUCACAGAAUGAAGAUGAAAUUGCUUAUCAAUUACAUAAUUUGUUUACAUAGCCUGUAAUCUUCACUAAAAGUUUCUUAUUGUUCUUUUUUUGAUCUCUUCAAUAUUCAAUGUUUCGAAUGUUGGAAGUUUCAUCUUUAGAGCUUUAAACAAAUUAUCCUUAUAGAAUGUAUUUACUUCUUAAGGAAAGAUAAUUUGUUGUACUUUAUUUUUUAGAAAAUAACCAGUUUAUUCGUUUCACAUUAAUUAAUUGAACGAUAUAUAUAUGUAAAUCUGUCACCCUCAUGAGGGGGGGGCGUAUAUAGUUUGUAAAACUACAACCAGUAUGAACUACAUUCUAACCAUUAAAAUAAUAUUUUACCAGAAAUAGUGUCGUCUGUUCUGUUCCGUUUGUUUCUUUUUUCAAUAUUCUUUCUUAAUUUUAGGUGUAUUUCAUCUAAAUUAAAUUUGUUUGUCCAGAA